GAUGUUCAUAAUGAGGUUGCUGUUGCUAUUGACGGUUCUAAGCGGACUUUCGUUGGCUAAGAAAAAUCAGUCGGACAAUGAUUCUAUAUCUGACAAAGAUAUAUACCCAGAGGCAGUUCGCACUGAAAGCAUUCAAAACCCAAACCAGUUGAAUAACCCGGAUAGCUAUGAAGAAAGUCAGUUAAUGAAAGUGGUAACAAGAGAGGUGCUGAAAGUGAGACAAGCGCUUAGAAAACGCCGGGCAUGUGGAAACAGUGCUCGAGAUUCCACACCACAAAGAUCUUUUGGUGUUCCACGAUCUACAGCAGCUUUCGAAAACAAUGGAAAUAGUGCUAAAAAAGGAGUCGAUGGCUCUGGAAGAUUUGGUGGUUGCUCUGGCGCCGUGGGUGGCUUUGAAGGCAAAGGAAUUAAUGUCGGAGGUGGGAAAAUAGGCAAUGAUGGAGUUAGGGGAUCCGGAGUUUUUUCUGGUACUCCUGGUGGUUCAGUAAGUAAAGGAAACGGUGGUAGAGGAAGCAGAAAGAGUAGCUCAGACGGCAAAGGAAUUAAUGUCGGAAGUGGAAAGGUACCCAAUAGUGAAGCUAGCAGAUCUGAAGUUAUUUCUGGUAACCCAGGUGGUUCAGGUGAUAAGGGAAACGGUGGAAGAGGGGGCAGUGGAAACAGAAAGGUUAGUAAUGGAAGAACUGGCGGAUCUGGCAGAUCUGGUGCUUCACGAAGAAAAGGAAAUGUUACAAGAAAUAGGGGAAGGACUACAAGUAAAGUACCUGUCAGUUGUAGGAGUUGUACUGGCAUUCUAAUUGAGUCAGAAAGUAAUGAAAAUAGCGGUGAAAAUAUAAGAGCACUAUCUAAAAAUAUCUCGAGCGCCCCUGGUAGUUUAAGAGGUAAUGGUGAAAGAGCUAGUGUUGCUGGAAUUGGAGGCAAAGAUGGAGCUGUCGGAUCUGGAGUUUUUUCUUAUGGUUCAGGAGGAAGGGGAAGCGACGGUGGUGUUGGAAAUAGAAGAUUUAGAAGUUCCUCUGGCGCCGUAGGUGCUUCAGGCAAUCAAUAAAAAUAAUGGAGAUAAAGUUAGAGAAAUGUGAAUGGCAAAACGAAAGGUAAAUCAGAAAUAGAAACCCAUGCAGCAUUUCAAACCCAAAUACGGAAAACAUCCGAUUGCUAAACUGAUUUAAUGAAUGCAUCCAUCUAUUCACUUUUGCACUACUCGAUGCGAACGUUUCUGAGUCAUAAAUAGUUAUUAGAAGCAGUUUUAUGGGGCAUGAUUCACAACCAGAAUAUGGUCGAAUAAUUGGCUUUUUAAAUUACCUCAUGUACGUAAUUUUAAAUAUUUCGUUUAAGUUAUAGAUGACAUAAUGUGAGAAGCAAUAAAAAAAAUGAUUAAGACAUAAGUUUAUUAACAGAUUUAAGCA